GUCCAUUCUUGGUCUAGACUGAGAGGAGCUACCCCGGAUCGCCCCACGUGAUCUGCACCCUUCGCAGACUCUGCGAACGUCAUCGCCGGCCAUCUGCUUCAUUCCAUCAACGCGUCUUUGUUUGCUGUCGACCGAUUUUGCUUGCCGCUUUCUGUUUAGACUAUAGAGUAGAGCAUUGAUUGGGGAAACGCCCAAUCGCUCUCUCGUUCGCACAGCCCGGACAUGUUUCCCGCAGUCACCGGCAAUAUAGAUCUAGAGGCACUGAGUGGCAUAUGUGGAUCCAUCUCGAUUGCGUGCUGGGUUGUUGUCUUCUCUCCACAGAUCAUCGAAAAUUUCCGUCGCGGCUCCGCUGAUGGCCUGUCGCUUCUUUUCCUCAUCGUCUGGCUUGCCGGCGAUGUGUUCAACAUCCUGGGCGCCGUCCUGCAGGGCGUGCUGCCAACCAUGAUCAUUCUCGCAGUGUACUACACCCUAGCCGAUGUGGUGCUCCUAGCUCAAUGCUUCUACUACCGGGGAUUUACCCUGCGCGACGAGCCAUCCACGCCGCCGCGGCCUGCAUCUCCCAUCACGACAGAUGCCUACGACGAGGACACGGAGAUUCCCUCUCCUGUCGUGCCUCGGAAACCCACAGAGCACACCGCGUUGCUUUCCUCCAAACGCCGCAGUGCCUCUUACCAGGCUCCUCUGGACGCUCGCAGCCCAGCAUCAUCGGCAACAAUCACCCCUCAUCACCAACCCUUGCUCGCCCAUCGCCGUCACUCCGCCUCUUCAUUCCUUCACACAACCGUCGACGGAACUCACCUCUCCCCAGCGACUCCCCUCGUCGAACCAGCCAAGCAACCCCGUCCCCCUCGAACUCUGACCAUGCUUCAAGCGACCUUCUUCAACGGCUCGGCCAUCAUCCUCGUCUGUGCCGCCGGCAUUCUAGGCUGGUACAUCAGCCAGCAGUCAUCACUUUCCUCAGACAACAAUAACAACAACAACAAGCGCAAAGACAGCACCGACGACCUGAAAAUGGACACCCUAGGCCAAGUCUUCGGCUACCUCUGCGCAGUGCUAUACCUCGGAUCCCGUCUGCCCCAGAUCCUCCUCAACUACCGCCGCAAGUCAACAGACGGGGUAUCCUUACUCUUCUUCCUCUUCGCCUGUAUCGGUAAUCUGACCUACGUACUUUCCAUCCUGGCGUAUUCCCCUGUGUGUCAACGCCGACACCAUGGUCGGUGUCGAUCUGAUGAACUGGCGUCGCUGUAUGGUCGGUAUAUCCUGGUCAAUUUGUCUUGGUUGAUUGGAAGCUUUGGCACGUUAUUGUUGGAUAUGUGUAUUUUCAUCCAGUUCUUCUUGUAUCAGGAUGGAAAUGGAAGUGAGGUGGAUGCAGAGGCGAGAUGAAAACCCACUUGCUGUUGCUUAUAAGAUCUCUUCUUCUGUUUUUUUUUUAUUUCUUAUUUUUUUAUUAUUAUUUUAUUCUUGAUUUAUGUCUCUGGGAAGACAUAAAGAUGGAUUGGUGUUGGUGUUGGUGUUGGUGGUUGGGGAAUGAUUGAUUGAAUUGAAUUAUCAUAAAAGCACUUGCUUGCUUACUUGCUAUAUGGCCAGGUUGCUAUGACUAUGCUAGUCUUUACUACUUUGCUCAUUAAUUGGCGUGUUGACUGGAUUGGGGGUUCUUCAUGUAUAUAG